GGUGUUGGGCCCGCCCGUGCGGCGCGCUUCUUCCCCCCAUUCCCAAAAUCCGGUUCGCUUUUUUUAAUGCGCGCUCCUUUCGCUUUCGCUUUGCUUUGCAUUUGGCUGCUGGGGGUCGGUGGUGCGAGAGGCCUACCUACGCCUGAGUAAAUGCUCGCCGGAGACGGUUUUUGUAAUAAUACUUAACUGUUUUUCUAACGGCGUUCCCCCGCUUCUCCUUGGAUGGGUGGGCUGCGGCGUUGUUGCUUGAGGAGCUUUGCAAACGCGACCGCUGGUUUUCCUUGGAUUCCUUCGUCCAGCGCAGCGGGAUUCCUGCGAUCCUUUCUUGAAUGCAGUUCUCCCCGCCCCGUCUCCGAAAUGCAUUCGUCUGGAUGAUGCUCUCUCCCGCCUUGUUAGACGGCUGUGGUUUUCUUUAAUUGCAUCUUUGCCAUUAAAACUAGUGAGGCUCAGAUUUGGAAAGAUUGGAAGUUGAGUAGCUCACGUAUAUUUUCCACCGUUAAACCCUUUUGCUGUUGCUUGUUUGCUCGAUAAGGUUCCAUAAAGGGGUUCCCGACUCAUAAAAACAUCAGUAUUUAAGAAAUGUAUUGACAGUCUUGUUUUCAAGUGACCGAAUCACUGGAGCUUCAGAACAUCGCAACCGGUCUAGAUAGAAAGAAAGUCGAUGGGAGUCUGAAGUCUGGGUGGACAAGACACAUUGCUAUCUGGAUCCCGUGACAGCGGAAAUGGACUUCUCAAAAGACACAAUUGAAUCUGGGGAAUUUGGCCAUGGGGAAAUUCCCCAGGAACAUAGAGUGGUAGCAGACAGCUUGGACUGCGCUCCAAAGACACUGAGUGAAAUGUCAGGUUGAAUUCUCAUGAGACAACUUUGAGCAGCUGGAGACAUGUCAUCACCACAAAUGACUCAAGGGACUCACUUCUUUUUCCUGCUCACAUGGGUUUCUUGCAUCUCAGUGACAAGCAGUGUCAAAAACAAGAUUCCAGAGUUAACUCCCCAGGAAUAUUUUAGCAGCUUGCACGCAUCAAAAGCAUCGAAAGCCUCUUUGGUUUAUUUUCAGAAGGAUGUUUCACCAUCUAGUGAGGUGUUUUUGGAACAGCUGGAGAACUCCAGAGAAGCUCUCCAAGAUUAUGGGAUUUAUAUCUUAAAGAUUAACUGCCGAAGAGGAGAAGCAUCCAGCUACUGCAGAGGAGAUAACUCCUUGGGAAAAGUAUACCUAUUCAGGGACCGUGUGUUGGUUCGUGAACUUGCCAUAGAUGCCUUGUUCAGCUUGGAUGCCAUUGUGGCAAAUGUACUUUUCGCUCUCCUUUUCAAUGAAGUAAAAUACAUUUCAACACUGAUGGACCUUCAGCGUUUAGAAAACUCUCUGAAGGGUCAGUCCAAUCUUGCUUUCGCAUAUGUUCAAGCAGUUGGGACAGCAGAGCACCGAGUUUUCAUGGAGGCUGCGUUUGUUUAUGGCUCAGUGAAGUUUGCCUUAACUACUGAAGUGGCAGUUCUGAAGAGCAUCCGCAGUGAAGAGCCAGAGGUGCCAUCUUCAAAACUCUUCUUUUGCCACUGUGAAGUGGCCAUGGAUCCUGAACAGCCAUGCCGCAGGACUCUGAUGGAAGAGCCGUUGACUACAUUAAGCAUCCACAAGUUCCUGAAGUUGAUGGGGGAACCUCUGGUGGUGGAAGUUGCAAUAGAUCCUGAAAAGAUUUCAACUACUCAUCUCCAGCUUGGCUUACCACUGAUUUUCAUUCUGAGCCAGGAAGAAACCUUGGAAGCGGACAAGAGGAUUGCUGAAUCUGUAGCCUGGCAGUUGCUGGGGAAAGCAGGAGUCCUCCUUUUGUCAAGGAAUUCUGUUGGUCUGGAUGUUUCUUCCCGAUAUAAUGUGGCUAUCAAGACAGUUGAGGAGGAUAUGCCUGUUAAAUACCUCACAUUGAAAGAUGCAGAUGAAAUCGUAGCAUUGGUGAAAAAUGGCGAGCAGAGCAAACCUAGUCUGGAUAAUAAGGUAGAAGAGGUUUAUGAAGAGGAGGAGGAGGAGGAGGGAAUGGAGAAUGAGAACAAUGAACAAGAAAUUCAGGAUGAUGAGGUGGUGGAAUCUGUUGUCAGAGAUCGGAAGCGUGAACUCCCCCUGGAACACAUCCAUACCCUGACAGAAGAAUCCUUCCUCUCAAUUUUGGCAGAGACCAACCACACAGCAGUGCUCUUCUAUGCCAGCUGGGAAACUGUCUCUCUGGUGGUGAUGCAGUCUUUCCUCGAAGUUGCUGCCCAGUUGAAAGGGACUCCUGAGAUUUCACUUGCAAGGGUAAACUGCUGGGAUUGGCCACACCUUUGCGUGCAGGAAAAUGUCACCCAGUUUCCUAUCAUGAAGAUAUAUACAAAAGAGUGGGCAUGGCUGGCUUACUCUGGGAUGUGGGAGACCAAAGAGAUGAUGAAGUUCAUUGAAUUAAGCAGAAAUUCUUGCCCAGUGAGAUUGAUGACGCUUGAAGAAAUAGAAGAAUAUUUAAGUGACAAAACCUCAUCACACAGCAUGGUUUCUGUACUGGGAAUAUUUGACUCAAACAUGAGUGAAGCAAGAGAGGCUUUUAUUGAAGCUGGAAGAACCCUAAAUGGAUAUGUCACAACAGGGAUCUACUAUGAAGAGGAUGCUAUAAUUCUCUCCCAUAAAUAUAACGUACGUCUUCCAGCCCUUCUGUUUGCUAAGCCUGCAACUCAGCAAAGGAAUGCCUUCCAGCUCUCGCAGUAUAACACACAAGACAUUGUUAAAGUAAUCCGUCAUGCAGUGUUGGAGACAUUUCCAGAAAUCACCGUAGAAAACCUGCCUGAUUACUUCCAGAUGAAGAAACCUUUGCUCAUUUUGUUCAGUGAUGGGGUUCCUGGCGAAAGGGAAAUAGAAGAAAUGAAGCAUGUGGCUGUUGGCGAGGAGCACAAAGCCUUUAUUGCUUGCUGGCUAAAUCUUAAGAACACACCUGUAGGCAGAAGUAUUCUGAAGGCUUAUUUUGGAAACUCGGUUCUCCCUGUGCCUCUCCUCCUCUGGAUCAACCUUCAUUCUGGAGGCCAGGUCUUUGUUUUUCCAUCAGACCGGUCAGUUUCUGAAACAAAUAUUCUUGCUUGGAUUGAAAAGCUAAAGACCAAACAAGAAGCACCGAGAGCUACCUUGUCUGAGAAAGAGUGGAAGCCCCGCCUUCCAGCCUACGACUUCCUGAGUAUGAUGGAACCCACACUGCCUGAAUUUACUAUUUAUACUCAAGAAAGUAUAAGUAUCCAUCAGGAGGAGAUCAUAGGAGAAACAAAGGCAGAAGCCGCAGUGGCAAAGAAGCCCACAAAAGACUCUACCGCGGAGGAACUGAACCCAAAGAAGCCAACUGGAAGGGCCUUACGAAGGACCGCUCCACAUCUGGGAGCAAAGGAGAAGCAGGCUAAGCACCAUGCAGAGUUAUAAAGUAAUGUCAGAUCUCUGGAUAGUUUUGGAAGUAGAGGAUAGGACAGUCCAGAGGUCUCGAGACAGCAGUUAACAUUUCUUAAAUAUUUAUUGAAGACAGAUGUGUGAUGGUGCAGUAGUUAGAAUGCAGUAUUGCAGGCUAACUCUGCUUUCAGGCAGGAGUUUGAUCCUGACCGACUCGAGGUGGACUCAGCCUUACAUCCUUCUGAGGUCAGUAAAAUGACCCUGAUUGUUGCAGGCAAUAUGCUGACUCUGUAAACCUCUCAGCGUGCUGUAAAGCACUAUGGAGAGAUAAGUCUAAGUGCUACUGCAAUUGCUAAAGUUGGUGAGAAAUGUACUGUAUAAGUGUAAUAGGCCAAUUUUCAUAGAGAAGGAGGCCUCCCAAAGAUUGUAUGAUUCUAAAAGGCCCAAAAUGCAUUGUCCAACCUUUUUAGCAUGUUUCUGCCAUAGGCAUUUUCUUUGGAAAGGAAAAUGAUGGAAGGUGUUGAAGAAAGGACAGAAGGGUAGCAAAUGGAGAAAGAUACCAUCUGAAUCAUACUUAACUGAGACAGGGUGAUUGCACAUGGAUGCACACACCCACACGUCUGGAAGCAAUUGUUUUUUUAAAUCCCAAAAGUUUAGGGCUCAUCUGGACAUGAAGAUGAGAACUACGUUAUUACAGAAUCUCUGGUGCUUAUUUUAAAAGGGUCAGUGAGUACAGCAUACAGAUCAAACCCUCAGCUUCCACAGCAACCACCUCAAAAUGCCACAAACAAAGCUGGUCAGAACACUAUUUAGGGGGACGGAAUCCCAUUGUAACACCACAGAGGCCAGAACAGCAGAACAAAAAUACUUAUACGAAGUUUUUGAGAGAAAUGGAUACCCACGAAACUUUAUCCGAAGUUAUCUACAUACAAACAAUACAAACACCCAAAGCAAUGCAACAACUGUAGCAAAAACAACAACGGCCAGACGAAUCACAAUUCCCUACAUACAGAAUGCUUCAGAAAUGACAGCAAGAUUAUUACGUCAACAUGAUCUUGCGGUAGCCCACAAACCAACCUCAACUAUCAGAUGGACCCUGUCAAAACCGAAAGGGCAGAUAGAAACAAACCAAAGAUCAGGCAUCAUAUAUCAAAACCAGUGCAGCAACUGUGAAAAUAAGUCUGUUGGCCAAGCAGGAAGAAAAUUAUCAACCAGACUGCCGAACACUUCCUGGCUAUCAAAAGACAUGACCCACUAGCCCUCAUGCCUGUCCACGAAGAUUCAAAAGGACAUAAAUUUAUUAUAACAGGGACCACAGUUGUAACCCAGGAAAAAUCAAGGAGAGAAAGAGAGUUCCUCGAAGCCUGGUUCUCCACCAAUAAGUCAAUAAACAGACAUAUUGACAUUAAUCUAGUCUACCAAUCGCUGAGAAUGAAAGAACUGCAUUGACCGCGAUCCUGAAGAUGGCAUUUAAAACAAACAGGCGCACCACUAUGCAACAACAAAAUAACAACACGCACCACUAUACAACAACAAAAAUAACAACAAAAUCACAACCCAUCAGCUGACAAGAAAUCGGACCAUGUCUCAGUAACAACAACCAGCCAUUCAAACAGGCAGAAACCAGACCACGACUCAGCAGUAUCCAAACAAACAACACUAAUUUACAUCACACAGAUGGAACUUAAAACCAAAGACCAUGCCUCAGUAACAACAGCCAGCCAAUCAAACACUCUGAAUUCGGAUCAUGACUCUGAACAAAACAUUCACACUAAUUUGCAUCUCAUGAAAAUGUAUUUAAAGGCCAGUGCUCAGACAGAUGAGAACAAUUCAAAGCGUGUUGACGAUGUCUCCGCGAAUGGUGAUGAAACAUUUGUAACCAAAUUGCCAAGCUUGGUACUCAGACCAACAGCCCAGCUACCAACCCGAGCUACUUAUAUUCAAAUACAUUUCAGGGUCAAUAGCAGUUUCUCCCAUUCUGGCUUUCUUGAAAAUAAGACUAUGUAAGUUCUAAAUCUACAGAACGAUUUACUGACUCUUAAGAAGCUGGGAGCAAUCUUCUGGGUUUUAGUGAUACAAGAUUGUUAAGCUAUCAGUAUUGUAAGUGCUUGGAUCUUACCAGUUUAAUACAAAACUGUGAAAAAUUGAAAUAAUGGGAACCAAACAAUAGAAAAAUCUUAAUUUAGGUUAUGAGUCUGGAGUAGUGCUUCUCAACCUUGGCAAGAUUAAGAUGUGUGGGCUUCAACUUCUAGAAUUCCCCAGCCAAUGAGAAGUCCACACAUCUUGUUAGGGGUAAAGUUGAGAAACACUGGUCUGGCGUAUCAAAGAUGCCUUUCCAAAAGGCAACUGGACUUUCUUGGUAUUUUCCUUGAAAAUGUUUUGCUUCUUAUCCAAGAAGCUUCUCCAGUUCUGAUCUGGAGUGUUGGAGGAGGGGCACAAGGAGUCUGGAGAUGAGAGAAUCCUGCAGCCUGACCCCAAAAUCUUGCUGUACCUCCCUGAUUGAUGGAUGAUUUUUCCAUUGACUAACAUGCUAAAGCUGGGGGGCAGCAAAGCCAGUGGAAUCAACCAAGAACUGUGUCUCUCAUGUGCAUAAUCCGAACAGCUCAAUUUAGCAGUGAGUUUGAACAGAGCCAAGAGAAGCAGGAUAGGGAUUGUUUCUUGUCAAAAUAGGCUAUGUUAUUUUGGAGUUUUCUUUAUGCAGUGGAUUCGUGGGCAUCCAAUCCCAUAAGGCAAUGAUGACUAACCUUUUUGCCAUCGCGUGCCAGGAAGUGCAUACAUGCUCACACCCAUAAUUCUAUGCACCCCGUGCAUGCGUGACGACCCCCCUGCUCCUGGCACGAAAUGGCCUGGUAGGCCUGUUUUUCUGUCUCACCAGGCUCCAGAGCCUUUCUAGGAGUCUGGGGAGGGCAAAAACGGCCUUUCUCACCCCCCAGAGGCCCUCCGGAGGCUGAAAACAUUUGCCAACUUCUGGUGGGCCCAGAAGGUCCAAAAAUCAGCUGCACACGCCAGACCUGAGCUCAUGUGCCUACCGAUACGGCUACACGUGCCUAGGUUCGCCAUUACGGCCAUAGGGCUUCCUGACCCCUUUCUCCAAUUCUCCAUUAAGUGCUAAGGAAAGUAGAAUGCUGGAAUAGAUCCACCAGGAUUUUUCUUAUUCCAUAGAUGUGCUCAGCUUGAUGUUUGUUCUCCUAUCCAGCUGCUUGACUUUACAGCUGUGGCUACCAAGCUAACAGUGUUAUUAAUGGAUUGAUUUGGGUCCAGUGUCUUCUACUGAGAUUGAUGACUGUUUUGGCUAACCAGAGGCCAGCUGGAUGAAAGCUGUCUUGUCAGGAAAAUAAGCAGGAUGCAGUUCCUGGGAAAUUGGUCUUCUUUGACCAGGCCUCUGUUGUCUCCCCUUUGGGACAGCAGGAAGAGAAUUAAAGGGCCAUGGCUCUCUUUAUAGCUGAAUAUAUGGUGGCUGCAGAAAAAUCAAUUGCUACCAACCUGCCUUCCAUUGAGGACCUGUGUACUGCAUGAGUCAAAAAGAGGGCUUUGAAAAUAUUUACAGACCUCUCACAUCCUGGACAUAAACUGUUUCAACUCCUACCCUCAAAACGACGCUAUAGAGCACUGCACACCAGAACAACUAGACACAAGAACAGUUUCUUCCCAAACGCCAUCACUCUGCUAAACAAAUAAUUCCCUCAAUACUGUCGAACUAUUUUCUAAAUCUGCACUACUAUUAAUCUUCCCUUCAUUCCUAUCACCCAUCUCCUUCCACUUAUGCCUGUAUGACUGUAACUUUAUUGCUUGUAUCCUUACAAUUUAUAUUGAUAUUGAUUGUUUCCUGAUUGCUUAUUUGUACCCUAUGAUUAUCAUUAAAUGUUGUACCUUAUAAUUCUUGAUAAACAUAUAUUUUAUGUACACUGAGAGCAUAUGGACCAAGACAAAUUCCUUACGUGUCCAAUCACAUUUGGCCAAUAAAAAAAUUCUUAUUCUUAUUCUAUUCUAUUCUAUUCUAUUCUAUUCUAUUCUAUUCUAUUCUAUUCUAUUCUAUUCUAUUCUAUUCUAUUCUAUUCUAUUCUAUUCUAUUCUUCCCUGAGGGAAGAGGAGCAUUUGGCUAACUAUCUUAAAUAAAAGCUGAGGAAACAAUAGGUUGAAACUCAAAAAUAUAAGAAAUGCUUUAAACUAAUUCAAUAUACCAGUAGAGGUAGACUUCGAUUUACAACAGUUCAUUUAGUGACUGUUCAGAGUUACAACAGCACUGAACAGUGUGACUUAUUACUAUUUUUCACAGGACCAUUGGAGCAUCCGCAUGGUCCUGUGAUCCAAAUUCAGACCCUUGGCAAUGGACUCAUAUUUACGAUGGUUGCAGGGUCUCAGUGUCACAUGAUCACCUUUUGUGACCUUCUGACAAGCAAAGUCAAUGAAGAAGCCGAUCGAUCACUUACCGAUGGUGUUACUAACUUAAUAACUGCAGUGACUCAUUCAAUAAUGGUGGCAAGAAAGGUCAUAAAAUGGGGCAAAACUCACUUAACUGUCUCACUUAGCAACCCAGAAAUUUUGGAUUGAAUUGUGGUCAUAAGUCUAGGGCUACCUGAAUUUCUCAAUCUCAGCAAGUUUAAGAUCUAACUUCAAUUGCCAUCCCAGCCAGCAUGCAUUAGACUAUCUAGCUCAACUAGUACAUUGCCAACUUGACUGGGUUUCACAUUCUGUUAACCUGUAAUGUACUUUUAGACCUUGGUUUAGUGAACUGCACAAAUACUGUUUUUAGUGAAUCAUGAUUUAUGGUUUAGUAUGUAGGUAGUUGAGAUUUAGUCAGUAUCAUAGGAUUGUGUGUAAACCCAAUCAUUGCUACAUUCACGUGAUAUGCUUAUCCAUGGAUAACUUAACCAUGUUCUACUGUAUUAAUCCAUGACACCCACUAUCCGGCUUCCGACCCGGUUACAGCACGGAGACGGCUUUGGUCGCGUUGGU